GAGCGCGUGCCCGGCCAGCGCCGUCGUCCCCGCGAGCGAGGACCGAGAACAAUGAGGCACGAAGCUCCCGUGCAGAUGGCCACCGCCCAGGACGCCCGGUCUGGCCAGAAAGACUCCUCCGACCAGAACUUUGAUUACAUGUUCAAGCUGCUCAUCAUCGGCAACAGCAGCGUGGGCAAGACCUCCUUCCUGUUCCGCUACGCGGACGACUCCUUCACGUCCGCCUUUGUCAGCACCGUGGGCAUCGACUUCAAAGUGAAGACUGUGUUCAAGAACGAGAAGAGAAUCAAGCUUCAGAUCUGGGACACAGCGGGCCAGGAGCGGUACCGGACCAUCACCACGGCCUACUACCGCGGGGCCAUGGGCUUCAUCCUCAUGUACGACAUCACCAACGGGGAGUCCUUCAACGCUGUGCAGGACUGGUGA